GGCGCUGCGCGGCCGCUGCGCGGGACUUGCGCGGGCGCUGCGCGGGGGCUGCGCGGGGGCCAUGCCGCGCUCCUUCCUGGUGGACUCGCUGGUGCUGCGGGAGGCGGGCGAGAAGAAGGGCGAGGGCAGCCCCCCGCCGCCCCUCUUCCCCUACGCCGUGCACCCUUCGCACCCCCUGCCCGGGCUGCCGGCCGGAGCCUGCCACGCUCGCAAAGCCGGGCUGCUCUGCGUCUGCCCGCUCUGUGUCACCGCCUCCCAGCUGCACCCGCCGCCGCCCGCCAUCCCCCUCCUCAAAGCCUCCUUCCCCCCUUUCGGCUCCCAGUAUUGCCACUCGCCCCUGGGCCGCCAGCAGCACUCCGUCUCCGCCGUCAGCGUCGGGCACCCCCCGGCGCUCUACCAGGGCGCCUACCCGCUGCCAGACCCCCGGCAGUUCCACUGCAUCUCCGUGGACAGCACGUCCAGCCAGCUGCCCAGCAGCAAGAGGAUGCGCACCGCCUUCACCAGCACGCAGCUCCUGGAGCUGGAGAGGGAGUUCGCCUCCAACAUGUACCUCUCCCGGCUGCGGCGAAUCGAGAUCGCCACCUACCUGAACCUCUCCGAGAAGCAGGUGAAGAUCUGGUUCCAGAACCGCCGGGUCAAGCACAAGAAAGAAGGCAAAAGCAGCUCCCACCGGGGAGGGGGGCCCGGCCACAGCUGCAAAUGCUCGUCCCUUUCCACCACCAAGUGCUCGGAAGACGACGAGGACUUGCGCAUGUCUCCGUCCUCCUCGGGGAAGGACGACAGAGGCCUCGCCGUCACCCCCUAGCCCCCCUGGGCACCCCCCCGGCUCCCCAGGGACUGUGCCGAGAGCAGGAGGGGGAGUCCUGCCCGCUCCAGCGCCGACGUGCCUGCCGGAGGAUUUUGUACCGUUUUCUACGAGCCGAGUCGUUGACGAAGGACUUCCUCGCCUUUCUAAGCCCCCCCGGCUCACGAGGGCCGUAAAUAAACUGCUCCCUAGGACCCCCGGCGCCCCCCGGGAGCGCUGUCCCACUUGUGUCCCCGCAGCCCCCGCAGGCUCCUCGCAGCCCCCCGGGGACAGAGCCGGGAGCUCGGCGGGCGGGGAGAGCCGGGAGACGGUCGGGUUAUUAUCAUAAUGUUAUUAUUUCGUUUUGUUUCUUUGUUUGUUUGUUUUUUAUUAUUAUUUUUUUUCCUCCCAAAUCGUUCUCGGUUUUGUUUUCGGCUCCGCCGCUGCCGGGCGCGCAGCAGUGGUUGUAGCGGUCCGUCCCCGUCCUCCCGGGAGAUAUUUAUUUAUUUAUUUAUGUGCAGAGAAACGGUGAUGAUGGCGAUGAUAAUAAUGACGGUGAUGACAAUAAAAGGCUCGCUGGUGGUUUAUUUCCCUUCCCCUCGUGU